UUAUGCGGAUCCUCGCCCUGACUGAACGCUCACUCGCUGCGUGUAAUGGAGGAAGGGUGUGGACGUUUUGUCAGUUUCUGGCGUUCUUAACGUCUUUACUGAUAUGAACAUCGAUUUUUGAGUCUUGUAUUGAUCUGUGACAUGGAGACCUCCGCCACCUUUUUACUCCUGUUGGUGAAGCUGUGCUUUGCUGUAGCUGAAGACCCGCCAUCAUACGACGCUGUUGGCGGUAAGCUAAACCUGAGGCCUGAAUUCACUGCACCGAUCAUCAGCAUCCUGUGGAAACACAACACCGAUCUGCUGGCCGAAUGGAACACCGCUGAUGGGUUCACCUACUAUGGUACGUUUAAGGGUCGCACAACCCUGGACAACAGCACUGCACAUUUGGAAAUCUCAAAGCUGAAUCAAACCGACUCAGGUUCCUAUUCAGUGGAAAUCAACAGCGUUCUCCAGACGAAGAUCUACACUGUUAAGGUCAUCAAUGAAGUGCCAAAGCCUUCUGUUUGGAUCGCACCAGCUUCAUGUGGCCCUGCAUUGACGAAUUGCACGUUUACCUGUGGAGGAGAAACUAAGGGAGCUGAACCUGUCGCCUACAGCUGGAAGAUGGGAGACGGAGCCUGGGAGCCGUCGGUCAAGGAGAGAGACAUCAGUAGGCUUGAGAUAAAGCUGGAUAAGACGGUGACCUGCCGGAUGAAGAACCCAAUCAGUGAGAAGGAGAGUGAGCCCAAGGAAAAUCCGUUUUACAAAGAAGAUUAUGGACUUGGGGUUGGAGAGAUUAUUGGCAUCGUCAUCUUCGUCAUCUUCAUAAUCGUCGUUCUGUGUGGGUUGGCGUACUGGAAGAAAGACCCAAUAAUGGCUCGAUUUGGUGUCGUGAAGGGUGAUUCUCAAGGUGGAAAUGCUGGUAAUACUGAACGUUCACCCCCCAAAAGUGAGGAAGGUAAACUACUUGAACCGAAAGCGACUUCGAAUGAGACUUCGAAGUAGGGCUGUUCUCACCGGAACAGGGUCAAGUCUUCCCCGGGGGCGGCUCUACGCGGUCGUUGCUGCCAGAUUUUGUGUUUUCUUGAACGUAUAGCUGUGUGCGUCAUUGAAUGUUACUUGCGGCUGAUGUUUUUUCCAAUUUCUUUCACACACAGUAGAUUCGACCUGAGAACUGCAUGAAAACAUGCUUCUAUUGAGUUCCACCUGUACAGGUUUACUGGUUGUUAGGAGUGGGGCUGGGCGAUGUGGACAUGGCGGUAAAUAUGAGGUGAGAUGAAGAGAGAAGAUGGAUGGAUAGAGCAUCACGAACGUCACACUGAAGAGCAAAACUGUUUCGACAUUUCAUUUCUCAGUAUUAUGACAAUCUGGAGGAAUGUACUGAAAGUGUGAAAAUAUGUGAUCGCCCAGCUUUUAACAACAGCGCUGUGUAAGUUUUUAUUUAGACUGUUUGACUCGGAUCAUUCGAGUGUGAAAGCACUUAUGAUAUCCUGUUAUCUUUUUGAACUCAAACAGAAGACAAGUUGUGGAUGCUUUAGUCCUGCUUCAGAUAAUUACUGAGGGAUCGGCAGGUUUGUGGAAUGUACAGUGUAUGAACUUAUCUCGUGUACAGUGUAUGAACUUGUCUCGUUUUUUACUGUGGUCACCUCGUGUACGUUCACGUGGGGUCACAGUACUCACCCUCUGAUAACAUUACUGUAUGUGAUGAGGGGAAAAAACGGACCAAUCUGCUGCAAUAUGUUAUGGGCUUAUUAGCUUGCACUGCCUUCUGUGAUUGCAUAUUUAGUGACUUCUGCCAUUUUGUGUAAUUAAUUUGGUGUAUUUCUUGUUUGGCUAAAACCACUUUAUCAAUGCCAUUGUUCUUAAUUUAUUUAAGCUAGCAUUUUAAAGUGUUGAUUACCAUUUGACUGUUUUUAUUAAGUGCCUUUCGAAUAAACGCCGAAAACCGAAAA